AUGUUGAUUCGAGCAACCAACUCGUAUUUUAUAAUGAGAAAAGAAGAACUUUGUCGCUGUAGGUCUAUCCUCCAUAAUGGGGAAGAUAAAUUUGUCCAGUUUCCAGGAAGUGGAGAGGUUCCAAGUUCAUACGAGAUCAAGUUUGAGCUUAUAGUACAACCUAUGAGACUGAUAUUUCGAGGUACAACUUGCUAUGAAACUAAGGAUGAACCAAAAGUGAUUUAUGAGACAAAAGGUCUCCUGGGUACUAUAGAUAUUUCCCGUGGCCUGUCUUGGGACUUAUGA